AUGUCGCGGGCGGCGCGCUCGGUCCGGGCCGCGGCCGGGGCCAGGUCGGGCCAGGCGGCGGCGCCGAGGCCCGUCCGGAUCCUCAUCCCGGCCGGCGGGGCCGCGCCCGGGCCGCCCCUGGGGCCGGUGCUGGGGCAGCGCGGGGUCUCCAUCGCCGCCUUCUGCAAAGACUUCAACGAGCGCACCCGGGACAUCAAACCCGGGGUCCCUCUGAGGGUCCGACUGCUCGUGAAUCCCGACCGGACCUACUCGCUGACCAUCGGGACCCCCCCCACCUCCUACUUCCUCAAGGCCGUGGCCGGAGUGGAGAAAGGCUCGUCCAGACCUGGCCACGAGCCGGCCGGCGUGGUGUCCCUGGCGCAGCUGUUCGAGGUGGCCGUGGCCAAGCAGAGGGACCCCGCGGUGGCCACGCGGGGGACGGCGCUGCCCGCCCUGGUGGGGUCCCUGGUGGGCUCUGCCCGCAGCCUCGGCCUGCUCGUGGUGCCCAGGCUGACCCCCCAGGCCGUGGCCGAGGCCCAGCGGCGCCGCCGGGAGCUCCAGGAGGCCGCGGCGCCCCCUGGCGGGCAGGACGAGGAAGGGGCCCGCAGGCAGUGA